AAUAGUUCACUAAACUUUAUUUGAGGGAAAUGUAUGUUUCUGUGUAGCACUGAAAUAAUGUAUUCUGUGUUUUCCUGAAUGUGGAUAUGCCAAUUAUAAUUCAACGCAAUAAACAUAUAAUUUAAAUAAAACAUUUUUCGUAUAAUAUUACUUCUCGGCAUCUCAACGACCCAUGUUAAAGAAAUGUGAAAGUUCUAUCCAUCUUAACUGCUAACAUUCCCGUUACAUGGAAUUGGAUAUAAUAUAUUCCACGUCAAAAAUUUGUUGAUUUCAUUUGAUCGAUUAUAAAACUACAUAAAAAUGCGUCGUGCCAAAGGAUAUCAGGAUUUAGAUGAGAGUGGAAUUGCGGUUCGGUCUUUAGCGCCACCGAUGCCGCCUCCACAAGAAAUUGAAAUGGCCUCAGUAACUGUAGUUCCUGACGACACAUUCACAGUAACACAAGCUGUAAAUGCUCUAGGUUUCGGUUGGUUCCAAGUGAAGCUAUCAUUAUGCACAGGCCUCUGUUGGAUGGCAGACUCAAUGGAGAUGACAAUUCUAAGUAUACUGUCACCAGCUUUACACUGCGAAUGGAAUAUAAGCAAAUACCAACAAGCUCUCACUACCACAGUUGUUUUCAUGGGUAUGAUGCUAAGCUCAACAUUCUGGGGAAACAUUAGUGAUAGAUAUGGCAGAAAAACUGCUCUUAGUAUGUGCGGCGUGCUCCUGUUUUACUAUGGCCUGCUUAGCUCAAUAGCACCAAAUUUUCUUUGGUUACUCUUUUUAAGAGGCUUAGUUGGUUUUGCUAUUGGAUGUGUGCCCCAGUCUGUCACAUUGUAUGCUGAAUUUUUGCCAACCAAACAAAGAGCCAAAUGUGUAGUAUUGUUGGAUUGUUUCUGGGCGUUAGGAGCAUGUUUAGAAGUGGCACUCGCAUUAGUCGUUAUGCCGACUCUCGGCGUUCACUGGCUACUCGCUCUGUCUACAAUACCCUUGCUUAUGUUCGCACUCAUAUGCCCUUGGCUGCCAGAGUCGGCUCGAUUUCAUGUGGCUAGCGGGGAAGCUGAUAAAGCACUUGCUACUCUUAAACAAAUUGCACAAGACAACGGUCGACCCAUGUUACUUGGGCGUUUGGUGUGCGAUGAUUCUGUGGGCAUAGGUCAACGGGGAAGAUUGAAGCACUUGCUCAUACCGCAUCUGAGGAACACUAGCCUUCUGCUGUGGUUUAUAUGGAUGUCCUGUGCCUUCUGUUACUACGGCUUAGUCCUGAUGGCGACAGAGUUGUUCGAAUCGAAUCCUGGUGGACUGGAGGAAGCGUGUGCCGCUGACUGCAGGCCGCUUCAGACGACGGAUUACAUGGAUUUAUUGUGGACUACACUAGCAGAGUUCCCGGGUAUUUUCGCGACAAUAUUCAUUAUCGAGAAAUUCGGUCGCAAACGAACAAUGGCGACGCAGUUCAUAAUAUUCGCUUUGUGCGUCUGCGUGUUGAUUUAUAACUCUGAUCGGACAUUCCUCACUUGCAUUUUGUUCCUGGCUCGGGGUAUUAUAGCUGGACUCUUCCAAGCGGCCUAUGUUUACACUCCAGAGGUGUAUCCCACAGCGCUGAGAGCGACAGCGGUGGGCGCGUGCAGCGGGGUCGCUCGACUGGGAGCCAUGAUCACGCCCUACGUGGCACAGGUGUUACUAAAGAACUCGGUGGCUAUAGCGACCGGGGUGUACGCAUUGGCGGCGGUUUUAGCUGCCUUUGCCUGUCUCGCUCUACCCAUCGAGACGAAAGGGAGAGAGAUGCGAGACACAGUGACGACAGCAACUUAAAAAAUCUCCCUAGGUCUGUACAUUGUCGACAUCGGAGCCUGAAAUGCGAAGCAUGUUUAAAAAAAACAUAUCCCUAAAUUAUUCUUAUAGUUUCCAUAGGG